UUCAGCUGCCUCCUUGCUGUGGCACACGCACUACGCACCCCAGAUGACCUGCAAGCCAAUGCUCAGACCGCACUUCGCUUCGAGCGUGCACGCUCAUUGCAACCUUGCAAUCAAACAGAUACCGAAAUCUGCCCACCGAGCAAGUAUCGCCAACCGACCGGCGAAUGUAAUAACGUCUCGCAUCGUAAAUGGGGUGCACGCGGUGAUGUGCUGCUGCGUCUCAUCGCACCCGACUAUGCUGAUGGCAUCAGCCAACCACGCACAUCGCAUGGCACACACGCGCUACCCGAUGCAAGCAGCAUUAUCGAUCAGCUGCAAAAUCAUGUCGACGCCGAACUGCGGCAUCAGCACAUCACUGCUAUGCUGCCCGCAUGGGGACAAUUCCUCGCCAAUGACUUGUACGAGGUGAGUCAAGUGUCGACAAACGCAAAGUGUUGCAAUGAAAAUGCCAACGCUAAGAAUCCGGAAGAGCUAGAGCAAUGCUAUGUGCGACGUGGCGUCGAUUGCAAGGAGUAUAAGCGCUCAGCGCCUGGCUAUGAGGCGGACGCGUGCGGAAAGCGUCAGCGCGAGCAAAUGAAUGUAGCCUCCUCGUAUAUCGAUGGUUCUGGUCUGUAUGGCGCUACUGCCAGUGAUAUGCAGGACUUGCGCACCUACAUUAGUGGUGGCGUCAAAGUUGGUUCAUGCAAAUAUUGUCAGCUGACCAGCGCUACUGGGGCGCUGCAUCGUGCUCUGCUGCAGGAACACAACAAUAUUGGCGAGCAGUUGGCACAUUUGAACGCCGAUUGGUCGGAAGAGGAUGUCUUCUUAGAGGCGCGACGCAUUGUGACUGCACAAAUUCAACAUAUUACCUACAGUGAAUUCUUGCCGUUGGUUUUGGGUCAAGAGACAACUGCCAAAGAUGGCUUGAAACUCACUGCCGAAAAGCACUCAUCGAACUACUCAAGCACCAAUCAUGCUGGCGUUUAUAACGAAGUCGCAAAUAGCGCCUUCCCCGCUUUCCUCACCAUGUAU